CAUCCAUCUAUAUCCACAUGUGUAAAUAGAGUUACAUUUAUUUAUGAAAUAAUUCGACACUUUCUUAUUUUAUUUUAAAAAAGAAAAAAUCAAUGAAAUCUGUACACUUAAACAAUAAUAAUAAUCAUAAUAUUUUAUCAGCUGAUAUAGAUGAAGACAAUCAGAAUGGGGUUUUGUGGAGAUUAUUUUGAAUUGGUUGAAGUUAGAUAUUAACACGGUUGGAUGUCGGCCGGCUCAGUGAUCAACUGGUUAAGAGCUCGCGAGCGAGACUGUUACCAAAAAGUUCAUUAGAUUUACUUCAUCAAACAUGUGAACGACUACUCAAUGAAUGCGCUAAUCGAAAUAGAAAGCCACUGAAAUUUCGUUAUAUUGAGAUUACUUCUAUGGAUCAUAAUUGUAAUUACAAUCAGAAAAAUAGAAUGAAUAGCAGUGUCAAUGAUCUAGAUAAAACCAAUACGUUUACUGUUGAUAUUCAAAAUAAUACAUCUGAAUGUUCUAACGAAAUUCUUGAUUAUUCUAUGAAACAGAUGAAAUAUCAUUAUUAUGCUUCAAAUACAACAAGUCCUUUAUAUUCAACAGCAUCGUCUAAUUUACAUAAUUCUUCUCCGACAUUCCCUUUUUCAUGCUUCACUUCAUCCGCUUUUAAAUUUUCAAAUCUUCCCUUCAAUUCUUUAAAUGAUAUUUUAAUUUUACUACAACAAGGACUAAUCGAUCCUGAAGUAUUAUUAUCAAAUGUUAACAUCUUACAGCAACAAUCAACCUCUUCAUAUUUCAAUCCAACUAAACAAACAUUAAAACAAGAUAACCCUGAAAAUGAAAAUUACUUUGAAAAUUUAAAAUUAAUUUCCUAUUUCUUAAGCUAUUUGUCAUUGUUGAAAUGCCUUCAUAGUUCAAAUACAACAGACUGUUCAAACAUUUUGAAUGGUAGUAUAAGUGGGACAUCAGGUGAAGAUAGCAAUAUAUGACUAUGUAUAGGACCAUUUUUAUGUUUGUUUUGUAUCCUUUUUAUAAUAUAAAACGUUUUCUAUUAACCAAUAUUGUAUUGUUUCUUAUUAUUUUUAUAAACAAUUUUAUUUGUGUUUUAUUUUUAUAAAUUAUUCAUAUACUACUUAUUUAGAUACUUUAUUUUCUGAUUGUGUUUAAUUAAAAUUAUUGGGCAGCAAGAUGGAUAAUAUCGAGC